AUGCUAGAAGCUGGGCAUGAAGGGUCAGAAACUCAGCUAGGAGCUACCAUGUCCCGAAAUAGCUUCCUGAAUGAAGAUAUGGAACAUCUGGACUUCUCAGAUGGUCAUUGUGCUAGCUCAUUUGCAACGCCAAACAACAGCAGUUUCACCAAUGAUAAAAGAAGUGACGAAGAUAACACCGAUUACGAUGAGCCAGCCAGCGGAAUAGUUGUGCAGCGGCCAAAAUCAAAAAAGUCAAUCAUGGAUUUUUUUGGAGAUCUUUCACGAAGUCAGAAUAAUCACCUCGCUCAAGAUCGAGAUACAGCGCAACACAUCAAAACUUUUGAGCCGGCUCUUGGUGUUAAGCAUAAGACUCUUAAACAGAUGAACAAAGAAAACACCAUAAAAAAUGCGGUAAAUAUUACAAACUUGGAGCAAAAGUUUUACGAUGAAGGUAUAAAGAGUGUCACGGCCAAGGAGUUUCUUGCGUCAUUUGGCCCCAGUGCCCGAAAAACUCUCCUCAAAGUGGAGACAGAUAAGAGAGACAAUUCCAAAACUUCCACCGAAGUAGUACCGGAGCCUAUAAUCGUGGAUGAAGACAUUACUGAAGACAUUCCGGAAGAUAUUAUGGAGGUUGAAUCAAAAAUCUACAACAAUGCUACCAGAAGAAUGUCAGCCAGAGACUACUUGAUGCUCAAACCAAAACGCAAGUCGUACUUUGCAGUCAUUAAGCUUCCGUCUUCGCGACUCAGAGAAAUUGCUGAGCCGAAGGUAGCCAAGUCGUUGGUUGUCAAGCUCAAAGUUGACGCUGGCAAGUUAAAGCAAUUGAGCAACCCAUUAUUCUCCAGAGGCACCAAUUCAAAUAUAGACUUACCAGGAACCAGUGCAAAACUGCUUUUCCAGCUGAUGAUGCAGCGUGCUACGGCGAUCGAGCCUCGUUUGUCACCUCUUCAAAAGCUAAAAGAGCUUGAGCCUCCAAUCAUUCUCCGUGACAGCUUUCACGUACGCAAUGUCGAACUGGAAGAAGCAAGGCCGCUUACAGGACUAAAACCUAGAAAAACUACUGUUCCAUGUAUUUCCCACGAGGACUACUUUGAUGGACAACAAUCAAAGAUCUUUGAGGAGCCAAGGAAAAUACUGAAAAAGCAAAAUGGCUUUCAGUCUUUCUCCGAGCUAAAGCAGUACGUCGAAAACAAGGUUCCAUCGAUACACAGUUAUUCACCAUUAACCAGCAUUUACAAUCGCAUUGAAAAAGUAUAUUCUUCACCACAAGACCCAGUUUCUGAUUGUGAAGUAGUUGACUUGACACGAGAAGAGCAGGAAAACCACAAGCAAUCCGAUCUGCUCUGGACAGACCAAUUUGCACCACGUUCAUCCACCGAUGUCUUGGUCGAUCCAGCUCAACAACGACACUUGCGAACGUGGAUCACAACCACGCUAGACAAACUAAAGUCCCAGUCUUCGUCCAAUUUCAAGCGGUCGAGAAGCGACACCCUUGACGACUUUAUAGACGACACGGAGAUUGACGACGAGGAACCGACAUACCCAAUUAUGAUUUUGGUUGGGCCGCAUGGGUGUGGAAAGUCAAGUGCAGUUUACGCAGCCGCCCAAGAAUUUAAUGGGUACGUUCAUGAAGUAAAUACCGGACAAGGAAGAGGAAGAAAAGAUAUAUUAUCAAACAUAAAGGAAAUUGCAACGACUCAUCUUGUUCAUCGAUCAAAUAACGAAGUGAAAGGCGAUUUUCAAAAGGGAAUUCUACUUUUCGAAGAUUGUGAUAUUCUUUUCGACCAGGACAAGACUUUCUGGUCGGUUAUUUAUGAGACCAUGGACGUAACUCGUCGUCCCAUUAUUCUUACUUGUCAUGACAUGUCCAUGAUUCCCAAUAAUAUACUCAAUUUGGCUCAGGAAGCGGGCACAAUCCUUGAUUUUAGUCGAAAGGGUUCAAAAAGUGUUAUCAAAGACUACAUUUGGUUAUGUGGAAUUUCUCAAGGAUUUGAUAUUGACGACUCCAUAUUGAGUAAACUCGAUCCUAACGACUUGCGACUGGGACUUAUGUCUACUCAAGUUCUAUGCAACUCUAAGCCGCUCUGUUCGGCAGAAAGUGAGAUCACACUUACCAGUAUUUCAUUCGAGGCAAAAGAUAUCAUCGAGUCAGGUUACUCACUUGAGUCUGUCGCUUCACAGGCCGAUGCCUUAUCAUUGUCAGACGUUAUUGGUGAAAGAACAAAGUCUCAAUUCCAACACUCAGUAAUGGUCAACGAGUUCGUGGAUCAGAACAUCAUUGACGAGACUUCUCUUUUACAAUUACCUAGUUUGCCAUUCGAGCCCAAUUUCGGGCACAUUUUAUAUGAGCUGGAUUUGAUAUCAUGGGACGGACCACAGGAACCAAUUUUGAUUCCAUUCAAUUAUUUACGAGACGAAGUGAUUACAUUUGUUUCGUCUCGAUCCAGAAAACUAACAUUGUCUAUGCAAGAAUAUCUUUCAAUGAAUGAAGGGCCCAGAAAUACCAGAUCGCUGUCGAGGUCUCCAACUGAAUGGACUCCGGAACCAAUUGGGAUAGAUGAAAAUUCCAUCGGUUUCCAGCUUUCCUGUGGGCCGUUUAUGACGGACUUUUUCCCCGUUGUACAACUAUGGGCUCUGUUUCAGAUUUCCUUGGACAAAACUGAGGCCGAAUUGCUUCAGAGUAAAGAUAUAAGUGUGAAAAGAUUUCUUCGCUGGCGACAGUUUCAGCAUAACCCUCAGCAUUUACUCCGACUUGGACUAAGCCAAGCCAGGAUACAUAGUCAGCAUUUAGGAUCGUAA